GCUAAGAAUCGAGAACUUUGGGAUGCCCAUCUGGCAGUUGGCGGAGGUCUCUACUCGGAACUGGCACUCCCACAUUCCUUUACACUCCCGACCCACCCGGCGGCAAGUGCAGUGGCGCCACGAUGCCCAUGUUCCCGACCCGCAUCUUCACCUCGCCGACGGUCUCGGAGCAGUCCCCGUCGUCGUGGCUCCAGGCACUCAAGGGCAAGACGGCCAGCGCCGACGUCUUCUCGGCGCUCGCCAAGAAGGCGCCGUCCAAGAAGACGCUGACCAAGCCGUUUGCGCUCUCGAAGGAGUACGUCACGAAGCGCUGGGGGCGCGGACAGGCGGCGGCGACCCCGCACCAGCCCACGCGCGUACAGCCGCUCGUGCAAGAGGUGCCUGGCGUGAGCGCGGCCAUGGCGCUUCGUCAAAAGGCGCUGCACGCCGCCAUCGCGUCGGGUGACCUCGUGUUGACAAAGGAAGGUUGCGGCGGCGCGUACUUGCUUCGUGACGACGACGACGCACCGAUUGCUAUCUUCAAGCCGCGCGACGAGGAGUUCAUGGCGCCCAACAACCCGCGCGGCUACGUAAGCCACGGUGCAGUGCUCGGCGAAAGCCUGCACCCAACGCGAAAGGGCUUUCGCGUCGGCAACGGAGCUCUCCGAGAAGCUGCUGCGUUCAUGCUCGACGCCGCGUACGAGCACUUUAGCGGCGUCCCGGUCACGAGCCUCGUCACGGCGCCGAUCGGGAACACGUGGAAGGAAGGCUCCGUGCAAGCGUUUGUGCCCUCGGAGUCGUCGGCCGAAGACAUGGGCACGCUUCAAUUUUCGGUUCACGACGUGCACAAGAUUGCGAUCUUGGACCUCCGCCUCUUCAACACGGAUCGUCACGCGGGCAACAUUCUCCUGCAGUCGACGACCGACAAGACAACCAAGUACAAGAUGGUACCGAUUGACCACGGCUUGACACUGCCCGCUUAUCAGCACCUCGACGGCGCCACGUUUGACUGGCUGCACUGGCCGCAAGCCAAGUUUCCCUUGAGCGCAUCGGCCGUUGCGCAUGUCCAGCGCCUCGACCCGGCCCGCGAUGCUGACCUCUUACGAUCCCUCGGGCUUCCUGAAGACUGUAUUUUGACGAUGCUAAUCUCGACGAUGCUGCUCCAAAAGGCGGUCGCUGCCGGCUACUCGCUCUAUGACAUUGGGAUGCUCGUCCAGCGCGACGGCCUCGGCGACACGCCAUCCCAGCUCGAAGACGUGGUCGAGCAGGCGCGGGCCAUGCUACCGGCGGAAGCAGACAUGUACGACCCGCGCGUGGCAGGUCGUAUGCUGCUGGACCUCGUGGCGAAGGCACUCGAUGCGCUCCUUUUGGAUUACCCCAAGAGCAAGGUGCGCAGCAUUAGCAACUUGUAGAUGUAGGCAGGAAUGUCGUGUAGAGUAAAAGAGCAAGUAGACGCGUGUGCAGUAGCAAAAAUGAAGUAAUAUAAUAAGACAAGAAGAGGCGAAUCCGCCCACCCGAA